AUGGAGAAUGAAAAGGCUCUUGGCACAGAUGGAAUGGAUGGUUUUUUGUCCGAUCUAGCUAAUGCAAUUCUUGGAAUUGACGAGGCUACGAGCUUUGCGGAGAUGCUCAAAUUAAUCUUUGUCAAUACGGAGAACAUAAAUGAUCCAAAACGUUUUACAAAUUUGUUGGGAAAAGUAAUGGAUGAUGUAGCAACCCGUGCUUCGAAUGGUGUGUCAGUUGUCUUAGAGAUGCCAUCUCGAGUUUUCCCCAUUGCUGCGAUGAAAGAAGAGACUCCAUUGAAGCUAGACCUGCUUCCUACAGAAGCUAGAAUAAGCAGCAAGGAAUACAAGGAGAGAGUUGUUAGAGGAGAACCACAUGCAUUAGUUGAUGUACGACCAGCACACCACUUUAAAAUCGCAUCUCUUCCCAACUCCAUGAACGUCCCACUGUCAAGUUUGGAGGCGAGAUUGCCUGAAAUACCUUCAGCCUUGAAGACGGAGGAAGAGCAUGCUUCAGCUGCUUCUCUAUAUGCAGUAUGUAGAAGAGGUAAUGAUUCACAAAGGGCCGUUGAUUACCUUCACAAGAUGGGUUUCACUUCCGCAAAGGAUAUCAUCGGAGGACUUUAG